UUAACCCCGCUCAUCCAAGAGGGGAAAAACAUGACCUUCAUGUGGACAGGCAAGCCUCUGUUUGUUCGUCACAGAACAGAGAAGGAGAUUACAGCCGAGCAGAACAUUGCUCUUUCAGAGCUCCGGGACCCCCAGCAUGACAAAGACCGCGUCACCAACCCCACCUGGGUCAUCAUCAUUGGUGUCUGCACUCAUCUCGGCUGUGUCCCAAUCGCAAAUGCCGGUGAUUACGGCGGGUACUACUGCCCCUGCCAUGGGUCACAUUACGAUGCUUCAGGAAGGAUGAGAAAAGGACCCGCACCUCUCAACUUGGAGGUGCCUUAUUAUGAGUUUCCUGAUGAGGAUACUGUAAUUGUUGGAUAAACAAUGGACAUUUUCUCUGUAUGCUUUUAAUGUCUGGCCAAAUAUUAAUAAAUAUAUAUUUUAAAGCAA